AUGAAUGCAGCCAGGAUCUGCCAGGUCUAUGACAACAAAUAUCGCUUUGCCACCCUGUAUGACAGAGACAACAGAAUUCCAGUGUACUCUGCUUACAUCUACCAGCCUGGAAAUGGAGACAGUUCCGACUCAUGGUUUGUUGAGCCUCAGCUAAUCAAGCACAAUUAUCGCAGGGAUAUGGAUACACAGGAUUCCAUCAUAGAUACCUAUGGGAUCACUCCAGCAGAUAUUGGCAAGAGUCAGGCUAUUGACAAAGACUACAGUGAUGCCCAGGGUCUGGACCGUUGUCACUUGUGUCCCAGUGGACACCAAACUGGUGAUGACAAGAAGGCUACCUUCACCCUCACCAACAUAGUGCCCCUCUACAGCAAACUCAACCAAGGUGGCUGGAGAAUCUAUGAGGACAAAACGAUGACCCAGAAAACCAAGGGCUGUGACAAAACCUAUGUCAUCACGGGAGCUGUACCUGGGAACACCAGCAUCUCCAAUGAGAGGGUUAAUGUACCCAGCCACAUCUGGUCAGCUGCCUGCUGUGUGAAGGGCACAACACCCAUAAAGGCUUGGGGGGCCAUCGCUGAGAAUGACAGGAACAGUAACUAUGUGAGGGACCUCGAGCUCUGGGACCUGGAGAAAAUGUUGUCUGGGCUGUAUGGGAAACUAGGGAUUACUCUGUUCAAAAAUUCCUGUGCCAAGGAAUAA